AUGAAGCAAACUGCAGUUUUUCAGGUUUGUGUGGGGUUUGUGGUCUGUGCACUACAGGCCAUGAUGAUACCUGCUCUUGACUGCUCAGACCAAGGAUCUGAUGUGACUCCCUGUACCAUCUCAGUAGAGAAACUUCUGGACCGCGCCGUUCAACACGCAGAGCUUAUUUAUCGCAUCUCAGAAGAGUCCAAAAUGCUGUUUGAGGAGAUGUUUAUUCCAUUAUCAGUAAUGAAUUCAUACCUUCAUGAAGGGACCAUGUGUGCACGCAGAAGUGUGCCGGUUCCAGCAUCCAAAAGUGAAAUCCAGCAGAUCUCUGACAAAUGGCUUCUACACUCUGUACUGAUUCUGAUUCAGUUCUGGAUCGAUCCACUAGCGGAUCUACAGAGAUCUCUGGAGAACUAUGACAACGUGCCAAGUGUGCUGCUCAACAGAACCAAAUGGUUAUCUAUCAAACUCAUGAGCUUAGAACAGGGUGUACUAGUACUUAUCAGACAGCUACUUGGUGAAGGUAGUUUACUGUCGGAGGGCCCUGCCAGUAUGUCUGAUUUUUUGGGGUCUCCUGACAUCUUUGAGUCUGUGAGGAGAGACUACAGUGUCCUCUACUGCUUUAGGAAAGACGCUCACAAGAUAGAAACUUUCCUCAAACUGUUGAAAUGCAGACAGGCAGACAAACAGAACUGCUCUUUCUUCUAG